GCUGCCCUGGUGCCUCGAGGGCGCGAGGGUCGCACCGCCUCCCCAGCGCUGUACCAGCCUCCCCACGCCCAGCCGGCAGGAUGAACUGGAGGCUCAGAGAGAUUAAGUGACCUACCCAAAGUCUCACAACCAGUGAGAGGGAGCCUGCCUGCCCUGUCACUGUUGCAGAGUGACUAGGGGCUUGGCCACAAGAGUUGCUGGGUAGGUAGCAAGAAGAUGAAUGGUGAGCAGUGGAGCUAAUUACAGCCUAGUGAGACCUGCAGAGGCAUAAUGGGAAGGCUGAAGAGCCAAGCACUGUGGACUGAACACCAGAGGCCACAAGGAUCUGCUUUCCAGACCUGGGUAAAAGAAGAGUGAAAAAGCCCGCAGCCAAGGAUCUCGGGCAGAGCUCUCAAACCUGCCACCAUAAAGCUCUGAGGAGAUCCACAAACCCAAACAGCAAGACUCCUUCCGGUCCUUGGCAGAUGGGCAGCAGGAUUAUUUACUAACCUGCAGAAUGGAGACCACGCCCUUGAAUUCUCAGAAGGUGCUGUCAGCCUGUAAGGAUGGAGAGGAUUGUCAGAAAAAUGGAGUGUUGCAGAAGGGUGUCCCCACCACAGAGGAAAGAGCUGAGUCUGGCCAAAGGUCCAAUGGGUACUCUGCAGUUCCGAGCCCUAGCGCAGGAGAUGAUACUCCUCACUCUAUGCCAGCUGCCACCACCACCCUAAUGGCAGAGGUUCAUCAGGGGGAACGGGAGACCUGGGGCAAGAAGAUGGAUUUCCUCCUCUCAGUCAUUGGUUAUGCUGUGGACCUGGGCAAUGUCUGGCGUUUUCCCUACAUAUGCUACCAGAAUGGAGGAGGGGCGUUCCUUCUCCCCUACACCAUCAUGGCCAUUUUCGGGGGAAUUCCACUCUUUUACAUGGAGCUUGCACUGGGCCAGUACCACCGAAAUGGAUGCAUUUCUAUAUGGAGGAAAAUCUGCCCAAUUUUCAAAGGGAUCGGCUAUGCCAUCUGCAUCAUUGCCUUUUACAUUGCCUCCUACUACAACACCAUCAUGGCCUGGGCGCUCUACUACCUCAUCUCCUCCUUCACGGAUCAGCUGCCCUGGACCAGCUGCAAGAAUUCCUGGAACACUGGCAACUGCACCAACUAUUUCUCAGAGGACAAUAUCACCUGGACACUCCAUUCCACAUCCCCUGCUGAAGAAUUUUACACGCGCCAUGUCUUGCAGAUCCACCGGUCUAAGGGACUCCAGGACCUGGGGGGCAUCAGCUGGCAGCUUGCCCUCUGCAUCAUGCUCAUCUUCACCAUUAUCUACUUCAGCAUCUGGAAAGGUGUCAAAACUUCUGGCAAGGUGGUAUGGGUGACAGCUACCUUCCCUUACAUCAUCCUUUCUAUCCUGCUGGUGAGGGGGGCCACCCUCCCUGGAGCCUGGAGGGGUGUCCUCUUCUACUUGAAACCCAACUGGCAGAAACUCCUGGAGACAGGGGUGUGGAUCGAUGCUGCUGCUCAGAUCUUUUUCUCUCUUGGUCCAGGCUUCGGAGUCCUCCUGGCUUUUGCUAGCUACAACAAGUUCAACAACAACUGUUACCAAGAUGCCCUGGUGACCAGUUUGGUCAACUGCAUGACCAGCUUUGUUUCGGGAUUUGUUAUCUUCACUGUGCUCGGGUACAUGGCUGAGAUGAGGAAUGAAGAUGUAUCAGAGGUGGCCAAAGAUGCAGGACCCAGCCUCCUCUUCAUCACAUAUGCAGAAGCCAUAGCCAACAUGCCUGCAUCCACAUUUUUUGCCAUCAUCUUCUUCCUCAUGCUGAUCACACUGGGCCUGGACAGCACAUUUGCAGGCUUGGAGGGUGUGAUCACGGCUGUGCUAGAUGAGUUUCCACACAUCUGGGCCAAGCGCCGGGAGUGGUUUGUGCUUGCUGUGGUGGUUACUUGCUUCAUUGGAUCCCUGGUCACCCUGACUUUUGGAGGGGCCUAUGUGGUGAAGCUGCUGGAAGAAUAUGCCACGGGUCCCGCGGUGCUCACCGUCGUGCUUAUAGAAGCAGUGGCUGUGUCUUGGUUCUAUGGGAUCACUCAGUUUUGCAGUGAUGUGAAGGAAAUGCUUGGCUUCAGCCCUGGAUGGUUUUGGAGGAUCUGCUGGGUAGCCAUCAGCCCUAUGUUUCUCCUGUUCAUCAUUUGCAGUUUUUUGAUGAGCCCACCCCAGCUACGACUUUUCCAAUAUAAUUAUCCUCACUGGAGUGUCAUCCUGGGUUACUGCAUAGGAACUUCAUCUUUCAUCUGCAUCCCGACGUAUAUAACUUAUCGGCUGAUCAUCACUCCAGGGACUUUUAAGGAGCGCAUUAUUAAAAGUAUCACUCCAGAAACACCAACAGAAAUUCCCUGCGGGGACAUCCGCUUGAAUGCUGUGUAAACACUCCAGAGAGGAAAACACUUCCCAGUUGUUGCCACCUCUAGCUCUGAUGAGUCCCACCUUGCCUCUCCCCUCCCCGUGAAUUGGUUUCCAGCUGAGCCUGACAACAGAAGGGCCUUCUUCAUGGAGACACAGUCCCAAGAGAUUACGGUGCCCAGACUCUUAUGGCCUCCAGCCAUUUCUUUCCAUGAAUCUCUGGGACAUAUUACCACGUUAGACUGUGACAACAGUUGAAGUAGCCUGUUUUGGACAUGUGAGGGUGUGUAUGGAGGUGAUGAGACCACCCUAUCAUCAGUUAGGAUUAGGUUUAGAAUCAAGUCUGUGAAAGUCUACUGUAUUUUUUGGGUAUUAUCAUUGUUAGCUGACAUCUGCUUCUAAGGACUCCACUGUUCAUGAAGUCCUAACCAUCUAGGAGAAAACAAAGAUUGUCUUGCUAGCCACAUAUUUUCUGAGUAGUGUAGAACUCUAUACCUGGAACCUUCUAGAACCCUCUAACCUAUGUGCUGCUGUGGAGUCAGGAAAAGCAGCAGCAGCUAAACUGAAAAACAAUGUGUACAUUUGAGCAUUUGUGUGUGUGUAUAUUUUUGUGUCUGUGUAUUAUCUCUAUUCCAAUACUUUGGGUCCACUACAAGCUAUGAAUUACCUCUAAUUUUCUUACAUUAACAAAUUCUACCUACUCAA